AUGACUGACCCUCGCCCAUACCACAUCCUCGGCUACGGCACCCUUUUGGGUUCUCAGUUCUUCCAGUCCUUCGUCGGCGGAACAGUCGCAUUCCGUGCCUUGCCGCGCCCACAGUUUGCUAGUUUGCAAUCCGCCAUUUUCCCUAUCUACUUCUCCCUUCAGACCGCGCUUCCCGUCGCGGUAGCUUUGACUGCCAGCCGUGGUGGAAGUGCACUGGGUCUAUCAGGCCUUAUUGACCCCGAGAAUCGCUACAACACUGCACUCCCCCUAGCCGCUGUUGCCAUCGCGGGCUUGGUUAACAAUGUUGUUCUGCGCCCGCUCACAAUCAAGACCAUGCGCGAGCGAAAGCACCAGGAAACCCGAGAUGGAAAGAAGAGCUACGACCCUGCGCCUCAUUCUAAGGAAAUGCUGGCUCUGAACAAGAAGUUUGGUCGCGUGCAUGGUGUGUCGAGUCUGCUUAACUUGGCCGCUUUUAUUGCAACGAUCUAUUAUGGAGUUGUUUUGAGUAAGCGACUUGAGUAG